AUGAAGAUUGUAAUUCUACUUCUUUCUCUUCUGGGGCUGACAUUCUCCUUACCAGUAAGCCAGAUGGGCAGACCGCUUGCUACAAGUAACAGCAGAGAGAUAUUACAACUGAUGCAAAGAUACAUGGGGAAUGUUCCACAGCAAACACAGCAAAGGGCAAGGUCUGGGCCUGGACUGCCUCCAGCAAAGCUGGUUCCAGAUCAGAAUCCAUCAGCAAAUCAGGGGCCAAAUGAGCAAGUUGCUCCACUUGAGUGGACGUUUGCAAAUUUCCCAGUUAUUUCCAAUUCCCCACAAAUCCCAUCAGAGCUGGGAGGUCCAAACAUGCAAAACUUGCCUGCCUUUAAUGUACUACCACUCACCCAGAUGUUCCCAAUGGAUAUUAAUUCUCUUGCUGUUCUGUUAGGAGCAUUAUCCACAACACAGACACUGCCUGUAGCAGGUGGUGGAAUGACUGUACCACAGCAGCUGCUGCCGUCACAACCAAUGCUUCCAAUUAUAUUUGCACAAAUGGGGCCACAGGGUGCAGUGCUCAGUUCUGAAGAAAUGCAACCGCUUUCACAGAUUGUUGGGGUUCUUGUCCCUGGAAUGCAAGGAGGAUUGUUCCCUUCAGGCCAGGCUGGGGCCCACCUUGAAGGUCUUCCAGCAGGCCAGGCUGGAUCUAAUCAGGGCAACCUACCAUUUCCGGAGGACACAGCAGCAGGCAUCCAGAAGGUAUUCCAGACAACAAAUUAUGGCUUGAAUGAGGCUGCAAGUGGGUCAUAUCCAACCCCCUCUGGCUUCAGACAGCCAGAUGCUGAGACAAAUGGUGUGUUUGUGGAACCGACUGCUGGCGUGAACAUGGAGCCAAGUGAACUUCGGGAACCACCUACUUCUCUUGUAAGACUCGAUAAGGACAAUGACCAAAAGCAGCAGCAUGGUCUGUCUCGAUCACUUAUGAGAGGAGAUAGCUAUGUGCCAAUAAAUGCUGUGGAGAGGAAGCCACUGAAAGCACCAUAG